AUGAAACCAGUAGUCUCAGCGUUACGCUCUUCGGGCGUCCUCUGUGUCAACUACUUGGACGAUUUCAUGAUUUUAAGUGAUUCUUUCACAGAAUGUACCAGGCAAACCACUCGUACAGUGAACCUACUGAACUCGUUAGGGUUUAUAAUCAACCGUGAGAAAAGCAACCUACACCCCAACACAUACUGUCGUUAUUUAGGGUUUUGCUUCAAUAGCCUAAGUCUAAAACUCGAAUUGCCGGUGGUUAAAAAACACAACAUUAGAAAAUGGGCACUUUAUUUCCAAAAUAAACCAGGUUGCAAAAUUCGAUUAUUUGCUAAAUUCAUCGGUAUCUUAGUAGCGGCUUGUCCAGCUGUCGAGUAUGGUUGGCUGUAUACCAAAUCCUUCGAACGCCACAAAUUCCUCGCUCUAUUGGCAAACAACGGUAAUUAUGAGGCGAUGAUGGUCUUACCGCAAAGUUUAAACGAGGAUCUACUAUGGUGGGAGAGAAACAUUUCCUCUGCCUCAAACAGCCUGGAACAGGGAUCCUUUGCUGUGGAAAUUUUUACCGAUGCGUCCUUGACUGGCUGGGGCGUCUAUUGCAACAAAGAAAAAACGCAUGGCUACUGGUCGGCUGCGGAUCGCUCCCACCACAUUAAUUAUUUGGAACUGCAGGCGAUAUUUUAUGGCUUAAAAUCGUUUGCUAAAACUCGCUCCAAAUGUAGAAUCUUAAUUAGGUGCGAUAACACAACCGCAAUUUCCUACAUUAACAGAAUGGGGAGCAUUCAACAUCCACAACUGAAUGCCCUAACUAGAGACAUAUGGCAGUGGUGCGAAUCAAGGCAAUUACACUUAUUUGCUUCUUAUAUCAGCUCGCAGAAUAACUUCGAAGCAGAUAGAGAGUCUCGUCAGCUACCACUCGACACAGAGUGGACUCUUUCAGACUCUGCUUUUAGUUGCAUCGUAUCCACAUUUGGCUCCCCGACGAUCGAUUUAUUCGCAUCCAAAUUAAAUCAUAAAUGCAGGCGAUACGUCUCUUGGCUGAGGGAUCCAGACUCGGUAGCAGUGGAUGCCUUUACACUUAGUUGGAGCGACCUCUAUUUUUACGCCUUUCCUCCGUUUAACCUAAUUCUGCGAACACUCAACAAAAUCGUCCACGACAAUGCUGUUGGUAUUCUGGUGGUUCCAUGGUGGCCAACUCAACCAUGGUUCCCACUUUUUGUACAAUUGUUGGUGCAAGACACCAUAACUUUCGAACCUGACCCAAACUUAUUGCUAUCUCCAUUUAGGGAGCACCAUCCACUAGCCAAGACCCUUACCCUGGCUGCCGGUCUAUUAUCGGGGAAGCGUACCGCAGGAAAAACCUCCCUUCCAACGCCAUCUCCAUAA